CUGUUUAUCUGAAAUGGAUGUAGCGCGCUCCACGUUGUCUUUUGAUUCUUUUCUCUAUCCUUUUCAUCCCUCCGGGGGACAUAGACAAACAUUCUUUUUGCUUUACUUCAUAAUUCACGACAGAUACGCGUUUUUCUUCUCGACGCUACGACUUUCAGGCAGUAACAGCGCUUAUGUCUGGGAAAUCCGAGGACAGGUUGGAACAAGACGUGGUUGAGAUGAGAAAAUCCAUUGCCAAUGGCGGCGCUAGCGAAGGAAGACAUGCAUCUUCAAUUCCACCCAUAGCUUGCUAUUGUUGUGCCUCUAUCGUUAUGACCCUCGUGAACAAGUUUGUUGUGUCAGGUGCUAACUUCUCGAUGAACUUCUUGCUACUCUGCAUCCAGUCGACUGUGUGUGUUGCAUGUGUCACUGCCGUGAAAAAACUUGGAAUCAUCUCUUUUCGAACGUUUGACGUGCAAGAUGCAAAGGCGUGGUUUCCUAUUAGCUUCAUGCUCGUCUUUGUCAUAUACACGGGUUCAAAGAGCUUGCAAUUUCUCUCGAUCCCAGUAUAUACUAUCUUCAAGAACUUGACGAUCAUACUCAUUGCGUACGGUGAGGUCCUAUGGUUUGGGGGACGGGUGACAGGGCUGACAUUUAUCUCGUUUAUCUUCAUGGUUGUAUCCUCCAUAAUAGCUGCUUGGUCUGAUGUAUCUACGGCCAUGGGAGAUACCACGUCUAUGGGGUUCAGCGAUGUUAGCUUGGAGAAUUUGAGGUCGAUGACCGGCGCCGUACACCAUUUGAACAUCGGUUACUUUUGGAUGCUGGUCAACUGUUUAACGAGUGCUGCAUAUGUCCUCACGAUGCGCAAGAAAAUUAAAGUAACAGGCUUCUCUGACUGGGAUUCCAUGUUCUACUCCAAUCUCUUGUCAAUACCAGUUCUCUUGGUCUUUUCUCUGGUCGUAGAGGAUUGGGGUUCCGAAAGUCUUACUCGUAACUUCCCAGAAAAUACACGGCAUGUCUUGCUACUAGCCAUUGCAUUUUCAGGCGCAGCGGCUGUUGGCAUCUCGUUUACUACCGCCUGGUGUAUCAGAACAACCAGUAGUACGACGUAUAGUAUGGUGGGAGCUCUAAACAAACUCCCUGUUGCAGCUUCUGGGAUGCUAUUCUUCGGAGACCCUGUGACAUUAGGAUCUACAUCGGCUAUUGGCGUCGGAUUUUUUGCUGGUGUCCUUUAUGCAGUGGCGAAGAACAACCAGAAGAAGGCAGAGCUUCGGGGACAAGGCGAUUCGAUCAUUCCUUUGGCCAAUCGCAAACCGUGAGUUCGCGGUUGGUAGACAAGAGCUGUGCAUAUCCAUCUGUAUGGGUAGGUCACUACUGCAAUCAAUAGUUAUAGCGCGACACAUUGGUGAGAUAUAGACACUAUAUAGUAUUUAUUUUGAAUUGGAUAGGUAGAUCUUUUGACACGACUUUGUUUUCUCUCCUGCAGGAUCAUGCAUAACG